GGGGGGAUGUCCUUGGCCUUCCCUGUGGGCCGGAGGCAAAUCCCCUCCCUGUCCUUCUUGCUUCCUGCCCCAGGCCCCGAGCUGAGGACGGAGAGCCCGGAGGACAAAUCCCCCUGUGAGAUCCUGGUGGGAGAGGCCGUUUUGAAGGGCUCCCCGGCGCAGGAAGGCAGCGGGGAGGAAAAGGUCCGGAGAUCCCCCCGCAGGAGGGGCUCCAAAGCCAUCCCAGGGUGCUACCCGGAGCUUCCUAGGCUGUGCCGGGAAGGCAGCCAGAGCCUGAGCCCGAACUCCAACCUGGUGGUCCCUGACCAACCUCCCAGCAGAGAGAAACCCUUCCAGUGUUUGGAAUGUGGGAAGAGCUUCAGUAAACGCUCCAACCUCAUCCGACACCAGCUUAUCCACACUGGGGCACGACCCUACACGUGUCAGGAAUGUGGGAAGAGCUUCAGGAACAGCUCUGACAUGAUAAGACACCAGCACAUCCACACUGGGGCACGACCCUACACGUGUGGGGAAUGUGGGAAGAGCUUCGGUGACAACUCCAACCUCCGCACUCACCAGCGCAUCCACACUGGGGAACGGCCCUACACAUGUGGGGAGUGUGGGAAGAGCUUCAGUGACAGCUCCUACCUGAACCAACACCAGCGCAUCCACACUGGGGAACGGCCCUACAAAUGUAGGGAAUGUGGGAAGAGAUUCAGGGGCAGCUCCCACCUGAUCCGACACCAGUACAUCCACACCGGGGAAUGGCCCUACAAGUGUAGGGAAUGUGGGAAGAGCUUCGGGUACAGCUCGCACCUGAUUCGCCACCAGCGCAUCCACACUGGAGAACGGCCUUAUAUGUGUGAGGAAUGUGGGAAGAGCUUCAGGAGCAGCUCUAACCUGAUCCAACACCAGCGUGUCCACACUGGAGAAGGACCCUUCACGUGUGGGGAAUGUGGGAACAGCUUCAACCAGAGGCUCCAGCUCAUCACCCACCAGCGCAUCCACACUGGAGAACGGCCCUACAAGUGCUUGGAAUGUGGGAAGAGGUUUCAGCGCAGCUCACAUGUCCUCCAGCACCAGCGGACACACACAGGGGAGAGGCCUUUCCACUGCACCGACUGUGGGAAGAGCUUCAACCAGAACUCCCACCUCGUCACCCACCGGCGCAUCCACACAGGGGAGAAGCCCUACAAGUGUGGGGAGUGUGGGAAGAGCUUCAGCCAGAGCUCUAGUUUGACCCAACACCAACGGACCCACCGGUAA